UUUUGCAUGGAUCAUAAGGCCUGUGGAUUCUCUGCCCCAAAAGAUCAUCAAGUAGUCACAGCGAUAGAGUAUCAAGAGGCUAUUUUAGCCUGUAAAUACCCAAAGAAGGCCGUCUCCUCCAGACUAGAGUGGAAGAAACUGGGGCGGAGGGUCUCCUUUGUUUAUUAUCAACAGGCUCUUCAAGGUGAUUUUAAAGAUCGAGCUGAGAUGAUCGAUUUUAGCAUCCGGAUCAAAAAUGUUACAAGAAAGGAUGCUGGGAAAUACCGUUGUGAAGUCAGUGCCCCAGCUGAACAAGGUCAAAACCUGGAAGAGGAUACGGUCACUCUAGAAGUAUUAGUGGCUCCAGCAGUUCCGUCAUGUGAAGUACCCAACUCUGCGCUGAGUGGAACUGUGGUAGAGCUGCGAUGUCAAGACAAAGAAGGCAAUCCAGCUCCUGAAUACACGUGGUUUAAGGAUGGCAUCCGUUUGUUGGGGAAUCCCAAACUCGGCUCCCAAGGCACCAACAGCUCAUAUACAGUGAACACAAAAUCUGGAACUCUGCAAUUUAAUACUGUUUCAAAACUGGACAGUGGCGAAUACGCCUGCGAAGCCCGUAAUUCCGUUGGACACCGCAGGUGUCGUGGGAAACGAAUGCAAGUAGAUGAUCUCAACAUAAGUGGCAUCAUAGCAGCCGUAGUAGUUGGGGCCUUAGUGAUUUCUGUCUGUGGCCUCGGCGUGUGCUAUGCUCAGAGGAAAGGCUACUUUUCAAAAGGAACUUCCUUCCAGAAGAGCAGUUCUGCAUCUAAAGCCACGACAAUGAGCGAAAAUGAUUUCAAGCAUACAAAAUCCUUUAUAAUUUAAAAGAACCCCACCUUUGAGAUACACCAAAACCACAGCUGUUGCCCAAGUUAUUAAAAGAUUAUAAAACUCUGCUUUGUCUUACAUUUGCAAAGAGAUCCAUGAGGAGAUGAAAUGGGUAUAUCAUUAUAAUCUUUAUGACUGCUAAAUCACUUGAAAUUUUUAUUUUACACAAAUAGUUCUGUCAGCACCUAAAAUACAGUCUGGCUUCUUAUGUCUGGACGAAGUUUAAAAGAAUCAAAAUACUUUGUAAUAUUGCGGGACUUGUGAAAUGUUAAAUAUCCUAACUCCUAGAGGAAGUUACUAAAAUAUAUCAUGUUGGUUGUGAAAUUAAUCCUCAGAGCCUGAAAAUAUAAACUGCAUGCCCCCUCUGUGCAAGAUUUAGAGGGUUCGGAAAAUAUUCUGACAGAUGCAAAAGGAACCUCUGGUCUCUUAUCUACCAGGAUCCUCUUUUCUCCCCUAAUACAAUCCUGACUCCGCUGCUCCUUUAUCACUAAUAUAUCCACAGAAGGGAGAUGGCAGGACUGGGUCUUACACCCAAGGACUUGCACUCUGGGUUUACUUUCUGAGAACUGAAAGCAACAAGAAGAACAUCUAAUGACCAGAGCUCACUCACCAGUGUGUGUCAGUGAUUUCUUCAUUAAACAUUGUUUUGAGUCACACACAAACGCAAGCGUCUUAGUUCACCCCGAGAGCUGCUUGUCACUACUUCCUUCCCCUAAGGCCCCCUUGAAGAGGAACGGUGACCUUGACUUCAGAUGUCACCACUGGAGCCGACACACAGGACCCUGCAGGUACCUGUCCCUGUGUGAUGGUGACUUCACAUCUCUCUGUCUCUCAAAAUCACGCAGUGAAUUCUGUGUUGGCCUGAGUCCCUUGCUUUUUGGCUACUGGUCUGCCGAUCCUGCUUACGGCCAAGUCAGGGAUACAGAGGGGAGGAGUGGCUGUCGCACAAGAAAAAUGAGAUGAAGCAGCUCAGUGUGGCUCCCCCAACAUGGUGCCCCGCUUGAGACUUAGAAGACACAGGAGAAAUGAAGUGAAAACUGGGCCUGGUCAUCUGGCUUCUCAACUGAUACGUCACAAAGACCUCCAGCUAGUGUUACGUGAAAACUCCAAUGACCCACGUACUAGGGAGAGCAGUCAGGCUGUGUUCAGUUAGGAAUGAUCAUCUGUAACUUACGCUGAUUAUUCAAUUCAUAUUAAAAACAAAGCAUGGCUAGGGCAUUUCCAAUUCUAGGCAAAUCUGGAAGACAAGGUCCCCCACUACCUUUGACAACUUUGAACACGGUCACGCUGCUUUGAAAGGAGCCCCGCUUUUUUCCCAAUUGGCAAAGCAAAUCCCCAGGAUUCACUGGACAAACAACUGGAUUAAGUCCUCACCAGGUGCCUAACAUAUGCCAGGACAGCAGGUCACUGGGAAGUUGCCUGUUGUCAGAUUGCCUGCCCCCACCCUCCAUCCCUGCCCCACUGACCCGUGACAUUCAGUGCUUUUCAGCAGACCCCUUCCAGCAUUUUCUGUAAAGGGCCAGACGGUAGAUACUUCAAGCCAUACAGGCCUUACGGUCCCUGUUACGACUGCCUGGACUCCUUAGCUCUGUCACUGUGGUAUGAAAGCAGCCACAGAC